AUGACCACUGUUACCGGUAUUCCUCCGCAUAUUGAAGUCGCUUGUCAGCUUAAGGACCUGAGAAAAGAUAUGUUGGACCUCAUCAAAGCAACAGGGAAGAACAAAAAAGAUCGGAAGGCUGCAGAAAAAGAAUUCAGGGAACAGGUUACUAAUGCAGUUCGAGGAUCCAUCGAGCAGGAAAAUGUAAACAAUGGAAACGUUAGUGGAUCUUGCAUGAUCAGCAUCCUUGACAAUCACAAAACGCAAACAAAAAACGAACUAAAAAAGAUGCUUACGGAUUUCAAGACAACAUAUCUUGCAAUGACCCAAGGUCAACCACAAGCCCCUCCUAUUCCUCCAAUCCAAGGAGCAACAACCACCAAUUGUUCAUUGUCAAGUGAUACCAAAAUGUUCCAGUACAUCAAUAAGUGGUGGUUUGUGCCAGAAAUCUUCCAAUUCCAAAAGCCGCCAAACCUCUCGCUCUUGGGCUCUGGCUAA